AUGGCUACCCGUGAUGAAGGAGCAGUCCACGAGGGCACAAGAAGAGUGCGGAAAGCUUCUUCUAGGGCCACUGAUGAUUAUCAUUCGGCGGCGAGAAAAGAAUCGUCGAUUAGCAUUCUCUACAUUGCAAAAAUACUGUUUGCCUUUCUUCUAAUAUUCAUAUUCGGUGCAGUUUUCACAUUGGCCCUGGAAAAUCUUCCUCGUCUCAUCUUGUUUGUAAACUCCUCUGUAUAA